AUGCAAUUAACCAAAGUAUUCGGUCUUCUAGGGCUUUCCUGUGGUGUCCUAGCUGGAAAUUUGACUGCUCUUGACAUCAAGAUUGUCAAAACCAUUCCCGCGAGUGAAUGUAAAGUAAAGGCUGAAGACGGAGACAUUGUUUCUGUCCACUACUCUGGAUCUCUAGAUGGCUCAACUGAUCUAUUCGAUUCAUCUUACCAAAGAGGAGUUCCAAUUUCUUUUGAGCUAGGUUCUGGUCGAGUGAUUCAAGGUUGGGAUCAAGGCAUAAAGGGUAUGUGCAUUGGUGAAAAACGUGAAUUACGUAUUCCUAGCAGCUUGGGUUAUGGUGCCCGUGGUGCUGGUUCGGUUAUACCACCAAAUUCUGAUCUUUUCUUUGAGACUACGUUGGUGGAUGUAAGAAGACGGGAUGAGCUCUGA